AUGAGCAGCCCUCCUACAACUUGUUCCACUACACAUCCUAUGGGUGCGUCCCGAACUAGACGGCGGCGGUCACGGAGCCUCUCUGCGCAACGGAGGCGUAGACAGUCGUAUUACGAAGCGUUAGCAGAUACUUCUACAACAGCCUCUUCCAGAACCGUCAGAGGUCCAGACGAUGACUUUGAUGAAGUUAUCGGUGCACUUAGGAGAAAAGUGUACACCGACCUUCCUAAUAAGAUUAUAUACCCACUCAACACAGCUAUUUUGGUUCUGUCAACCUCGUCACUCGAUAAAGCACGUGAAACCUACCUUGAACACUGUAACGAGAAAAUGCCCCAAGAAAUCAACGGAAGUAUCGAUCUAGCAAAGGAGAUUCUGGGUCGAGUAACCCCAAUCAUAAAUGAGCUAAGAGGGGAGUCGAGGAGAAACAAGAGACUAAAAAUAAGCUUUGAAAGGAAGAUACAAGAAUGGGAAAAGAAGUAUGAAAUUGCCUGUCGACGGAGAAGGGACGCGGAGCAGCGAAAGGGACAGAUUGUGGAGCAAGUCCGGAGAAUAUACAAUGAUCAUCUCCCAAAAAAAAUCAAACCUUCAGACCAAGAAAGGUUUCCACGUGUUCAUGGAGACACCAACACCACGAAUCCCUCCUAG